AGCGGUUAGCGAAGGGGAGGGGGCAAAUGGCGGCGGCGGCCACCGUGGCCCUGAGGCGGAAGGAGGCGGGCGCGGCCGCUGCGGCUGUUUUCUGCGUGGCGAUCUGAGCCCUCUUCUGGAGGACGCGGCGGGCAGGCAGGCAGGAUGGCCGGCGGCGGUGCCCCGCGAGCGACCGGCUGCUGAGAGAGGCGGGGGCGCUGUGGUGAGGGAGCGGCGCGGCCCAGACACCGGGGGGCGGCUGUGGAGGUGCCGAAGUUCUGAUCUGCUUUCUUACGUGAGCUGCGUUGUAUGGCUGGAGUGAACAUUCAAUAAUGAGUGGUGCAGCGUUGGGCCUUGAGAUAGUAUUGGUCUUUUUUCUGGCCUUAUUCCUACUGCAUCGGUAUGGAGACUUCAAGAAACAGCACAGGCUGGUGAUCAUAGCAACGUUAUUGGCUUGGUAUCUUUGCUUUCUCAUUGUAUUUAUACUGCCUCUGGAUGUCAGUACGACUAUUUAUAAUCGGUGCAAACUUGCGGUUAACUCCAGCCCUGCAGAAGGCAAUGGCUCUUACGUUACUCUUGCUCCAAGCAAGCAAAAAUGUUUCAAACCAUGGAGUUACAUUCCUAAUGGAAUUAUGCCAAUUUUCUGGCGUGUUGUGUAUUGGACGUCACAGUUUUUAACAUGGAUUCUGCUACCUUUCAUGCAGUCAUAUGCUAGAUCAGGAGGAUUCUCCAUUACUGGAAAGAUUAAAACUGCAUUGAUUGAGAAUGCAAUCUAUUAUGGCACUUACUUGCUGAUUUUUGGAGCAUUUUUGAUAUACGUGGCUGUAAACCCAAACUUCAAUUUACAAUGGAACCAGCUUCAGACUAUUGGGAUAGCAGCUGCAAACACAUGGGGUCUCUUUCUUCUUGUGUUGCUUUUGGGUUAUGGUUUGGUGGAAAUUCCCCGUUCUCACUGGAAUGGGGCUAAGAGGGGUUAUCUACUCAUGAAGACCUAUUUCAAAGCUGCCAAACUGAUGACUGAAAAAGCAGAUGCAGAGGAGAAUUUAGAGGAUAUUAUGGAGGAAGUCCGUAAAGUAAGUGAGAGUAUCAAGUAUAACCACCCAUUGAGAAAAUGUGUGGAUACAAUACUGAAAAAGUGUCCUACUGAAUACCAGGAAAGAAUGGGUAGGAACAUGGACGAUUAUGAAGAUUUUGAUGAAAGACAGAACAGUUAUCCAAGUGAAAAAAGUUUGGUCAAACUUCAUAAGCAGGUAAUCUACUCAGUACAGAGACAUCGUCGUACGCAGGUCCAGUGGCAAAUGCUUUUAGAGCAAGCAUUUUACCUAGAAGAUGUGGCAAAAAAUGAAACCAGUGCAACUCGACAGUUUGUUCAUACCUUUCGUUCCCAGGAACCAGAGAAUAAAAUUAUUCAAUAUUUCUACACACCAACUGUUGAGUGGUACUGGAAAUGUCUCCUACGACCAUGGUUUUACAGGGUGCUUGCAGUUGUCCUGGCCACGUUCUCUGUAAUUGUUGUGUGGUCAGAGUGCACAUUUUUCAGCACAAAACCAGUUUUAUCGCUAUUUGCAGUUUUCAUACAGCUGGCAGAAAAGACAUACAAUUAUAUAUACAUAGAGAUGGCCUGUUUUCUUACCAUCUUUUUCCUAAGUAUCUGUGUUUACUCUACUGUCUUCAGGAUCCGUGUAUUUAACUAUUAUUACUUAGCUUCACAUCAUCAAACAGAUGCAUACAGCCUCCUUUUCAGUGGCAUGUUAUUUUGCCGUCUUACUCCACCAUUGUGCUUGAACUUUUUGGGCUUGACCCAUAUGGAUGCAACAAUCUCGCACAAAAACACUCAGCCAACAGCUUAUACAUCUAUAAUGGGAUCCAUGAGAGUGCUGACUUUCAUUGCAGAUGGAUUCUAUAUAUAUUACCCAAUGCUCGUUGUCAUUCUCUGUAUUGCCACAUACUUCAGUUUAGGAACUCGUUGUUUGAAUCUUUUGGGAUUCCAGCAAUUUGUGGGGGAUAGCGAAAUGACCUCUGAUUUGAUUGACGAAGGAAAAGAGCUAAUCAAAAGAGAGAAAAGAAAACGACAAAGGCAGGAAGAAGGUGAAAACAGAAGAAGGGAAUGGAAGGAGCGGUAUGGAAAUAGGGAUGAUUCCACUAGAAACAGGGCUGUCCACACAGACCAAAAAGAAUCCAGCUUCUCAGAGACCAGUAUCAGUAGACCACUAUCAAAGUAUACCCGAUCAAAUGGUAGGACUGAAAGAGAUAGAAUAGAACUUCUCCAGGAUGCAGAACCUUUGGAUUUUAAUGCAGACUCAAUUAAUGAUGACCCUCUUGAACUGGACUCAGGAAGGUACCAGCCUGGUGGGAGAUACCUGUCAAUGUCUCGAAGCGAAAUAUUUGAUGAUGUCUAAACUCCUGAAAGCUAAAGAAAAUUCAGUGGAAAUCUAUUUCCUGCUUAUUGCUUGGAAAAUACUGUAUUCAUGAUACAUCACCAAACCAGGAAAGACCAUUUUUGUUUAAAAAAAGAAUAUGAAGGAAAAACUAAUUUGCAAAUGCACCUAUAUGAUAACUUUACUACUUAUGACAAGAAUAUGCUUCUUCUAUUGUAGAUAUUGUUGUGCAUCAGUGUGGGCUUUUGUGUCAUGACCAAAAGGAGAAAACUAUUAAUUAAGCUAAUAGUAAGUAAACUUCAGAAAUAUACUUAGGGCUCAACAUGAAGGGGAUAUUUUAGAAGGAACUUUUUUUGUAUUUAGCAGAUGCUAUGAGAGCAUCUUAAUGCAUCCAAAGUGCAGUUAUAUCAAUUACUAUAGCUAACACUUUCUAUAAUUUUUCUAUUUGAACUUUUUGUCUAGUCCAGCAUCUACUGAAUUAAAUUAAGGCUUCUUUUGGCUUCAGCGGUCUUUGAAUCAGACUCUGUAUAAGCAGAAAGAUUGAAUGGCAGAGAGUUCUUCAUAAAAUCAUAAAAUAAAGUACAUGGUCUUCAUGUACUUCAAGUACUUCAAUCAUCGAAUUAUAUGAUUCUGUGAAAUUUGGUGGCGUAAAUUUUUAAGCAAGGUGUAUUGGUCAAGAAAGGCUAUAUUUUUUUUUUUCCUUUUACAACAUUAUAUGCAGAUAAAUGAUUUUAGCAUGUGUAAAUAGUUGAAAUUGAAUAUGGACCAGAGUUUCACUGUCAUAUGAGCAUAUGUGCAAUAGCAAGAAUACAUUAUCGAAGUUAUGAUGUCUGCUUAAGAUUUUUACAGUUGUAAAUCUUGGCACACUAACGUUUUUUGUAACUGUAGAAUAAACACAAUGUGAAAAAUCAGUUAGAUGCUGAAACCUUAUAAUUUGCACACACCUCAGGCACGGCUUCAAACAAAUAUUUCUUUAAAGGAAGGGAAAUACAUAGCAUGAGUAGAUAAUGGUAAACACUUUUAGUGUCCCAAAUGCCCUGGUUGCAUUAUGUACAUGUUUUUAAGGUGCCUGUAUUUUGCAGUAAGUUGUUGCAAAAAGAAUAAUGCUUAUUCAUUUGAAUGCCAUUCAAAAAUGCCAAUUAUUAACAGUGUAAAAAAGCUUCACAUUAAUUUCAUUGGUGUAGAUAUAUUUUUAAACUGUAGUUAGUUGAAUGAGUUCUUAAAUGUAAUCAUAAGGUAAAAGAUGUGGUUGAAUUCAUGGUAUUUUAGGAAAUUUGAUUAAUUUAAAAUGUUGCUUUAUUGCAGUUUGUCUUAUGUCUUUUACCACUUGGGAGUUUUCUUGUGUGCUUAUUGCGAAGUCAUGUUGAAAACCGAAGAAAAUAUGUUUCUAUUGUAAAUUCUUUAUCAUGCUUAAAAACCAGACAUCCCUUAAAGCAACUAGGAAUGAGUUAUUCUGAUAGGUAAGAUUUCAUGAACAAGGUGUUCUACUAAUUUUUAAAAAUAGUCUUUGUUUUCUGAAGUAAUUGUUAAUGGGGAUCUAACUACCUCCUGUGAUUUAGUACAUCAUGUGUUUUAACAGUAGUGGUAUUUGUAAUGUAUUGAUCUGCCUGUUUUGAAACACUGAAUUGUUACUAUGAAGGAGAAAAAAUACUCUAUUUGUAUGGGAACAGUUAUUUUAAUAAAUUGGCAGACAUAAAAUA